GCUACCGUAGUCGGCCUCCCUCUGACUCUUUUGCUCCCCCCUCCCUAGUUUACCCUAGUCGAUCUCCCCCCCCCCCCUUCCCCCUCCGCCGAGGCAGCGCCGCCGCCGCCGCCGCCGCCGGAGUCCCCGCUGCUUCCCCUCGCCGGAGGAAUUUGGGGGGUUGAGGUGAUCCCCCCCCACCCCCACCCGUGCCAUAGGGUUGGCUGCUCCUGCUCCUACUGUACACAGCUUGAUUGAUCCUUUUUGGUGGGUGUGGAUGUUGGGGGUAGCAUGCCGCUGACCUGCUCGGGGAGAUGCAGAGGUACGCGGGUGCCGGUAACAACAGUGGGUUUAGUGGCGGCGGUGGCGCGGGUGGAGGCGGUAGAGACAGCUCGAGGUUGGAUGGGUCGCCCUACUCCGCCAACAAUUAUCCCCUGAGCUCGAGGCGGCAGCAGCAGCUAGCUCCUUACAAGCUAAAGUGUGAUAAAGAACCACUUAAUAACAAGCUUGGACCACCUGAUUACUAUCCUCAAACACCAAACUGUCCUGAAGAGACAUUGACAAAAGAAUAUGUACAAUCUGGGUAUAAGGAGACCGUUGAAGGAAUUGAGGAAGCCAGAGAGAUUGUACUUAGCCAGAUCCCGUACUUCUGCAAGACAGAUAUUGUUGUAAAAUGCAAAGAGGCACUAAAGAAGCGCUUGAGAGCUAUAAAUGACUCUCGUGCUCAGAAGAGAAAGCAGGCUGGCCAAGUUUAUGGAGUUCCUCUUUUUGGAUCACUGUUGAUAAAACCUGGAGUUUAUCCAGAGCAAAGACCAUGUAACGAGGACACCCGCAGGAAAUGGGCCGAGGCCCUUUCCCAGCCAAACAAGCGACUGCGUUCAUUAUCUGAACAUGUUCCUCAUGGUUAUCGUAGGAAAUCUCUUCUUGAUGUUCUCACUCGAUACAAUGUCCCAUUAUUAAGAGCAACAUGGUUUGUGAAAGUCACGUACCUCAAUCAGCCACAGGUUCGAUCAACAUCGGUCAGUACAUCAGCAGGAGGCUCUGACAAUCAUCGAUCUAAUCAAUGGACAAACGAUGUCGUUGAAUAUUUACAACAGCUUUUGGAUGAAUUUUGUUUAAAAGAGGUACCUCCAUCUUUUAGAGAACAGUCAUCACCAGGGCUUAUUGCUGGGGUCACACAAGUAAAAAUGAAAAGCGAAGCACCCCCAGCUGUUGGAGACAUAGACGAGCCUUUGGUGCACUUCAAAUGGUGGUAUAUGGUCCGCCUUAUUCAGUGGCAUCUCGCCGAAGAAUUGCUUGUUCCCUCGGUACUUAUUGAAUGGUUAUUUAACCAAUUUCAGGAGAGAGUUGCAGUUGAAGCUUUAGAGCUUCUUAUGCCUGUGGCACUUGGUAUGAUUGACAUCAUCACUCUCUCACAAACAUAUGUGCGCAUGUUUGUGGAAAUAUUGGUUAGACGUCUGAGUGAUGGCCCUGUUGUUGAUAACCCCAAAAGGGCACAUAUUUCUUCUGUUAUAGCUGAGGUACUGCGAUACAUGGUGCUUGCAGUGCCUGAUACGUUUGUUUCUUUGGAUUGCUUUCCUCUUCCAUCUUUUGUGGUUCCUGAUGUUUACAGUAGAGGUGCUUUACUGAAGAUAACUGCUGGUGGUGGUAUUGCUGGUUCAAAGAGGCAGGAUGGUUAUCGUUACUUGUCCUGUGGUUAUGCUGUUUGUUCAAUUCAGAAACGUUCAUAUGAUCUUGCAACAGUUGCCAACCCUAACUUUCAGGCACGUGGUGCAGCCAAAGUGGUGCAAGCUUUGGACAAGGCUCUUGUCACAGGAAAUUUGACAAUGGCAUAUUUGUCGCUGUUUAAUGAUUUAUCUGAUGCAUUAAUGGAGGAGAGAUGGAUUAAAGAAGUGAGCCCUUGCUUGCAGUCUUCUUUGAUGUGGAUCGGGACUGUUGAGUCAUCCCUAAUCUGCUCAGUAUUCUUCCUUUGUGAAUGGGCAACGUGUGAUUAUCGUGAUUGCCGCACAUCUCUCUUGCGGAACGUAAAAUUUACAGGACGAAGAGAUUUAUCUCAGGUACAUCUGGCAGUCUCCAUCUUGAAGAAUAAAAUGGAUGAGAUAAAUAACCUGUCUCGUUCUAAGAGUAGCAGUCGCAUUGCAGUGAAUAAUACUGCUAAAGGUUCUUCAUUAAACAACACUUCUUUAGCAGCUACAGUGAGUGAUUCCUCUGGAUUGAGAAACAACGCAAAGAGCGUGGAUGAGAAGGACAAGAAGGAUAUAUUUGAAAGCCCUGGUCCACUGCAUGAUAUUAUUGUGUGUUGGCUUGAUCAACAUGAGGUUAACAGUGCUGUAGGUUUUAAACGUGUGGAUGUUCUCAUCAUAGAACUUAUCCGCAGUGGUAUAUUUUAUCCUCAGGCUUAUGUUAGGCAGUUAAUUAUUAGUGGAAUUACUGACAAGAAUGACACACUGCUGGAUGUGGAAAGAAAAAGGAGGCACCGCAGAAUUCUGAAGCAGCUUCCUGGGUCAUCUUUAUUUGAAAUUCUUGAAGAAGAUAGAAUUACUGAAGAGCAGCAUUUGUAUGAGAUGAUGUCAACAUAUUCUAGUGAGCGUCGCCUUGUGCUUUCCGAACUUUCAACUGGCCAAGCAUUCGAUGCAAAUAGCAGAGGUGAAUAUGCUUCAAGUUCCUGUGUUCCGAAGGCAAGUGAUCUUUUUCUUGCAUCAGGAGGCGAUAAGCAUGGGAGGGUGCCGGAACAAGUCGAAGAUGUGAAAGCUCUGGUGUCGAGCAUGUUGCGCUUUAUAAAUCCUCACUCAGUGGAAGAAGAGCAUUGUCAAAUCAAAACAAACCCGCAAGGAUCGUCAGCUUCAACGGUCACACAAAUUGAUACUGUAGAUGUGAAACAUGACUGUGAGGAUUGUGCGAGGACCAAGAGACAGAAAUUGGAUGAGAGGGCCUCUCCAUUACAAGGGUUCCCAUUGAUUCAAUCAGAUGAGGAAGAUAUUUGGUGGGUGAGGAAAGGGACAAAGUUACAUGAAUCCUUGAAGGCUGAACCUGCACAGAAACCCAUUAAACAAAACUCUAGAGGUAGAGCAAAGGUGGUUCGGAAAACACAAAGUCUUGCACAGCUUGCGUCUUCCAGAAUUGAAGGCAGCCAAGGGGCAUCUACUAGUCAUCUUUGCGAGAGCAAGGUGGGCUGUUCCCACCAUAAACCUAGCAUUGAUGUUGACAAUGUCAAAGAUGUUGAUCACAUGAAGAUAGUGGAUCUGUCUGAAGUUGGGAAAUCGUUGAAGAGGCUCAGAUUGCUUGAAAGACGAUCUGUUUCUGUAUGGUUGUUGAAAUCAGUAAGACAGCUUAUUGAAGUAAAUGAGAUGGCUGCUUCUAAAGCUAGCAAUUCCGUAAGUUCUUUUUCGUCGCAGUCUGAUGAUAAAACUCUAUUGAAAUGGAGGCUUGGUGAUGAAGAAUUACUGUCGAUUCUCUAUAUAUUGGACAUAUGCUGUGAUUUAGUCUCUGGUGCAAGGUUUCUUGUUUGGUUGCUAACAAAAGUUCGUGGUGGAAUGGCAACCUCUGGUCAAACAGGGAGAAGUGCCACUCAUAUCAAAAAUAGAGAAAACCAAGUUUGCCAGAUUGGCGAGGCACUUGUGUUCUCAUCCUUGCUAAGGUAUGAGAACAUACUUCUUGCAACUGAUCUCUUGCCCGAAGUUUUAAGUGCUUCAAUGAGCAGAAAUUUUGUGUUAGCUACUGCAAGGCAGCCUGCUUCAGGAGCAUUUGCUUAUACUCGAUAUUUCCUGAAGAAAUACAGGGAUGUUCCUAGUGUGGCAAGGUGGGAGAAAAGUUUUAGAACCACAUGUGAUCAGCGACUGCUAGCUGAGCUUGAUAAUGGACGUUCAGUUGAUGGUGAUCUGGUUUCUUCUUCUGGGGUUUCAGCAGGUGAAGAGAUUGAUGAACAGAUCCGUCAAAAAAUGAAUGUAAGGAAUUCAAGAAUUGUUCCAAACAUGAAGGAUAUAAUACAACGGCAAACUGAGGAAAAGAAAGGUAUUACGGCACCCAAGAGCCCCUCUGUUGAUAGGGAAGACAGCUAUCAAAUUGCACAUGACAUUGUUUUGGGCUUACUUGAAUGUAUCAGGCAAAAUGGGGGAGCUAGUCUAGAUGGAGACCCUUCAAUUGUUGCUUCUGCUGUCUCUGCAAUUGUUCUCAAUGCUGGGCAUACAAUAGCUAAACAUUUGGAUCUUUCGGCCGGUAACUAUCACGGUGUUUCUUCCAUGGGUAGUUCAUUGAGCUCUAUUCGGCACAUUUUGCAUGUCCACAUAAGUUCUCUUUGCUUACUGAAAGAUGCUCUUGGGGAUCGCUUCAGCCGUGUAUUUGAAAUAGCUCUGGCUGUUGAAGCGUCUUCAGCUAUUACAGCAACUUUUGCCCCUCCAAAGAUGCAGCGUAAUCAGUUUCAACCAUCUCCAGAGACCCAUGAUGUAUAUGGAAAUCAUACAAAUGACCUAAGCAACACAGGGAAAGGUUUUGUUGGGAGAACUACAAAGGUAGCCGCUGCUAUUUCUGCACUUGUUGUGGGAUCUGUUAUUCAUGGAGUUGUUAAUAUUGAGCGGAUGGUUGCUGUCCUGAAAAUAAAAGAUGGUUUGGAUAUUUUGCAUCUCCUAAGAGGUUUGAGAUCAAGCACAAAUGGUGUAUCCCGGUCCACUGGAACGUUUAAGAUGGAGAAUUCAGUAGAAGUUUUGGUGCAUUGGUUUAGGAUUCUCUUGGGGAACUGCAGAACUGUCUAUGAUGGGCUUAUUGCUGAUAUUCUUGGUGAGUCCUAUGUUCUUGCACUCUCAAGGUUGCAGCGGAUGCUUCCUUUAAGUAUGGUCCUUCCUCCAGCCUAUUCAAUUUUUGCCAUGGUCCUUUGGAAGAGAUAUACUUUUAGCCGUGAAGAUGUGCAGCUUUACCAGUCUCUGUCAAACGCAAUAAAUGACAUCACCAUGCAUCAGCCUUUUCGGGAUAUCUGCUUCCGUAAUACACAUCAGCUGUAUGAUCUCCUGGCCGCUGAUGUUGGUGAUUCAGAGUUUGCGGCAAUGCUUGAAAUGCAUAACCCAGAUAAGGGUUCAAAAGCAAUGGCAUUUAUACCUCUUCGUGCUCGGCUAUUUUUGAAUUCCCUUGUUGAUUGUAAAACAGCUGGGGCAAUUCUAGGAGAUGGUUCAUGUGCUUCAGAGUCUGGCGAGGCAAAAGAGAGUGAGUUGAAACUCUCUGACAGACUUAUACAACUACUGGAUACCCUCCAACCAGCAAAGUUCCAUUGGCAAUGGGUUGAGUUGAGGUUUCUUUUAGAUGAACAAGCUCUUCUGGAAAAAGUUGCAGCUGGUAAUACAUCAGUCGCAGAAGCAAUCCAGUCGCUUUCCCCUAAUGCUGAAAGCUUUGCCCUUUCUGAUAGUGAGAAAGGGUUCACUGAAAUCAUCCUGUCAAGAUUACUUGCCAGACCUGAUGCUGCUCCCCUCUACUCAGAACUUGUUCAUCUUCUUGGGAAGCUUCAAGAGUCACUUGUCGUGGAUGUCAAAUGGCUCCUGCAAGGGCAAGAUGCCCUUCUGGGACGCAAAUCCACAAGGCAGCAGCUUGUUCAUAUUGCUCAAAGAAAGGGCCUCUCGACAAAGACUCAGGUUUGGAAACCAUGGGGCUGGGCCAGCUUGCUUAGUGAUGUAAUAGCCAGUAAAAGUACCAAGAGGAAAUUGGAAGUCACUUCAAUUGAGGAAGGAGAAGUUGUGGAUGACUCUGCUGAUGCUAAAAGGCCUAGCAAGGCUAACCCCCAUAAUGUGGACAGAAGCUUCGAGGGGAUUAGAUCUAUUAAUAAAUAUUUGACUGAGAAAGCCCUUUCAGAAUUAAUGUUGCCAUGCAUUGAUAGAAGCUCUGCUGAAUUUCGUAGUAUAUUUGCUGGUGAUUUGGUGAAGCAGAUGGGGACUAUCAGUGAACACAUCAAAGCAAUAGCAAGGAAUGGUACGAAACAAUCUGGUUUAGUUCCAUCAGGAACUGAAGCAGCAUCGAACAAAUCCAGUAGCCGUAAAGGGAUUCGAGGUGGAAGUCCAAAUAUUGGACGGCGAGCUCCAGUUGGUAAUGAUCCAACUCCUCCUUCAGCAUCUGCUCUGCGAGCAACAGUGUGGUUGCGCCUCCAAUUUAUCAUUAGGUUGCUUCCAUUAAUCAUGGCGGAUAGGAGUAUGAGACAUACACUUGCUUCUGCAAUUCUAGGCCUUCUUUCAGCACGCAUAAUUUAUGAAGAUGCAGAUUUGCCCCUUCCUCCUACCAACACUACCGUUUUAAGGCGGGACGUGGAUUCUUUGCUGGAACCUCCCUUAGAUGUCCUUCUCGACCGCCCUGGUGAAAGUCUUUUUGAGAGGCUCAUAUGUGUUUUCCAUGCAUUACUUGGCAAUGGCAAACCAAGUUGGCUGAAGUCAAAGUCAGUUUCUAAGUCGACCACUAGAACUCCAAGAGAUUUCCCUGCAUUUGAUAGUGAAGCAGCUGAGGGCUUACAGUCUGCACUAGAUCACCUGGAGAUGCCUGGAAUAAUCAGGCGAAGAAUCCAAGCAGCUAUGCCAGUUCUCCCACCUUCUCGCCACCCUUGUAUAUCAUGCCAACCACCUCAGUUGUCUUUGGCCGCAUUAUCACCACUCCAGAGCGGUACAUCUACUUCAGGUCCUCAACAGAAAGGCAACUCUACUAGCUGGGUUCCUACUAAUGUAUCGAUCAGAAACAAGGCGGCGUUUGCAACCCAAGAUCCUGAGAUGGAAGUAGAUCCAUGGACAUUGCUUGAGGAUGGCACAAGUUGCCCCUCCAUGUCAUCUGGAAGUAACAGUUCCAGUGGCAUGGCUGGCGAUCAUGGUAAUUUGAAAGCUUGUAGCUGGCUCAAGGGUGCAGUGAGAGUGAGGAGGACAGAACUAACCUAUAUUGGGUCCCUGGAUGAUGAUAGCUGAUCAUGCUUGUACGCUAUCACUGCUGACGUUGCACAAAUUCAAGAUGGGGAUUGAGGAAAAUUUUUCGGUUUUGGACCAGGUUGGGCUUGAGUGGUAUACAUGCCGCCACCAUGAUAAACUCCACUAUUGAAGUGAGUUUUGUGUUGAAAUUGUGGCCUUGUGGGGGCGGCCUUGAUGUAGAAUAUCUUACACCCUGGGGUAUUGUUGUUACUAGGGCCUGCGGGAGCGACCUUGUACAUAAUGUAACAUUAAUCCAUUUGUCAAGCAAGCUGUCCCUGAAAGAAGUUGCCCCAGGGCCCUGUUUGUAGCUUAUAUUCAAAGUUAGGAAGAUAUGCAUGCAUGCAGUAGCUGAUGAGUCGAAAGGAAUGUAUUGGUUUUUGUUUUGCUCGAUAUGUAACCUAGUGUGAGUUAGCCCCUGCUCAAAACCGAGGGUUGAUAUUAUAUAACAUUAUGUAUAUCAUAUGGUGGCUGGCCUCAGUGGAAGUUGAUAUUGUUUCGGAUGGGUUUUCCUCUUUGUAGUGGCAUGCAUAUUCAUGGGAUGUAUCCAGCCUACCCAGUUUCUGCUUGUCUGUGAAUUCUCAUGGCUGGUGAGGUGAGCUUGCUCAACCCGAGCAGAUUGCCAGAUCUGAGGAUCCUUGACACAUUAUAUUCUAUAUAUGGUGGAAGGAACAUUGAAUUCUAUAAAUUGGUGAGGUUCCCA